AUGUUGUAUACCUACAACAACGGUAUAUCCUAUAUAUACAACAAUUGUUGUAUACCUACAACAACGCAAUCUGGCAACAUCGCAGAAUGGGCGGCAACGACAAGCACUGAAAAGCCCGUGGACGACACCGACUGCCGGCGCCGGCUCACGGUCGUCGCCGCCAUCUUGCCAAGCGGAGAGCGGAGCGCGGACCGGAGCGGAACUGUGAAAAUUCCGGAAAACGAAGCCACGAGCACCAGAAAACAGGAAAUGCUAGUGGAAGAUUCGCCGUAUUGUUCACAGGGACAAACGACCUGGGGACGACCCUGCGCGUCCAAGUCUGGACGGUGCCGAUUCCCGCGUGGCAUGGACACGACCCGAGGAAGGAAGGAUUUGGCCUUGUUGAGGUUGAGCAGCAGGCCCAGCAAAUGUCGUCCGCAGUGGCGUUCAAAUGCAAAACAGGACACCUGGACGGUGCAGAUUUUUGUGCGGUCGAGGAAGGAAGGGUUAGGCCUUGUUGAGGUGAGUAUUUUAGCAGUGAAAUUAGCACUGUGGGCUAAUAAUAAACCUGCCUUGUCUAGGUUGAGCAGCAGGCCCAGCAAAUGUCGUCCGCAGUGGCGUUCAAAUGCAAAACAUGACACCUGGACGGUGCAGAUUUUUGUGCGGUCGAGGAAGGAAGGGUUAGGCCUUGUUGAGGUGAGUAUUUUAGCAGUGAAAUUAGCACUGUGGGCUAAUAAUAAACCUGCCUUGUCUAGGUUGAGCAGCAGGCCCAGCAAAUGUCGUCCGCAGUGGCGUUCAAAUGCAAAACAGGACACCUGGAUGGUGCCGAUUUUUGUUCAGUCGAGGAAGGAAGGGUUAGGCCUUGUUGAGGUUGAGCAGCAGGCCAGGUGAAUGCCGUCCGCAGUGGCGAUUAAGAUUCAGUGCAAGUAACCAUGGAUAUGGAGGGAGCUGUCAUAAUCUCCUUGGACUUGAUUGGAUAUCCAUGCUGGAUUCUUGCUCUGCGCGUGCUUCUUCAGCUUGUCCCGGUGCUCGUUACUUGUCCCUUUUGGUCGACCACGGACCUUUGGUUUUAGUGGAAAACCAAUCUUCUGCUGAGAAGUGAUGUUUCUCAAAAACUCUGAUGCUGGAAGAAAAGGAGGCAGCUGCUGCUCACAAGUUUGGUAUUGAAUGGUCCAGCGCAUUGGGAUUUCCACAGCAUCGAUCAUGGGAAGCCCAAUUUCCUUCCUCAGAGCCAUGAUGUGGUAGCAAGGUUGAAUCAAACAGGAGCAGCUCUGGAAAUUUUGCGUAAUUCUUCUUCAUCUCUGAGGUUGCGAUGAAAAGACAUGAGAAGUUGCCCUCCGGACCAGUGAUGAUUGUGUAUGAUCCUAAUUACAAACAUAAUAUGCAAUGGCAAUCUAUUGGCAUGAUAUGGUUCAGGACUUGGGGUCUAAAGGAUUGAGAAAGCCUGGUGUCAGAUAAGUGAAACAUAACAAGUUGAUAAAUGUGUACUUUGUGAGCUCCUAUUUUUUCAGAUUCCGGAUGGUGGAUCUCCAUUGGCAAAAAAAUAAGCUGGUAUGCGAAUGUCAUAAAUAAUAUUCAAACCCUCUGAAACGAGAACUAAAGGUGCAUGGAGACAAGAUAAUACCUAAUGAAAUCAAAAUGUGCUGUCAUCGAGAGUUCACUACUUGAGAAACUCGAUUUUAAUCAUAUAACCAUCUUUAGAAUAUUUACAUGUGAAAGUAUACCAUUUUAUAAUCAAUAGAAAAUUUUGUAGCCAGAUUUUUAUGUGUUAUAUUGAUAUAUUACUUCUCAUUGUCCAGAUCCUUGGGUAGGACUGCUUUCCCCGUCUCCUUCAUGAUAACCUCUCUUAUCUUGGUUGGAUUCACUCCAAGGUCGUCAAGCUGCUGCAGACGCUCCUUCUCUGUGUUGUUCAAUCUACGCUGCUUAGGGUAUUGUGCAAAAUCAGCCGGACAUGGUUUGUGCACCUUUUCAUGUACGUCUGUGGUCACGUGACAGUCGUAGAUGUAUAGCAUUUCAUUACGAGUGCCCACCUUGAAAUAGGCACCACAGCCAAGUUUGUAGGAUCUGAAAAAUUAUUGUUCCUUAUAACAAUGUAGCUAAUGAUAUGCAAUAUUGAAAGAAAAAAUUUGGAUAAUAUGUAUUGCAUACAAAAAUCAAAAUAAUAUGUGCUUAGCAUUAAGGAUAUGUGAAGUUUUUGUAUUAAUGUAUUACAAAUAAUCACAAUUUUCAAAUUAAGGGCACAGUGUAGUGCAAAUUAUUCUCAUGUUUCCAAUUGCUCAAAAUCCCUCAUAACUGAAUGCACAUGUUGGAAAAUAUGUAAUGUAUAUUUACUUCUGAUUGGGGCGCUGCCCUGUCGAACGACCAUCAACGGGAUCUCCAUAAUGGAUACAUGCAUAUUUGGCAGAUCUAAUGACCAAUUUGUUCUUCUUUGUCUCCAAUUUGGCCCUGGCCGCUGCAUCAACCACCUUGUCAGAGAUUUUUAUGUAGUUGCUGCUUAGGCAUGUAUACACAAUGAAGGUUUCUUGUUCCAAUGCCUUAAUUGCCUCUGAAAGAUCACUAAAACUUUUGAAGGUCUUGCCAUUUGUGAUUGACAGUGUUUGUGCCAUUUUACAAAACCGCUUGAAUCACAGAUCACAUACAGACUAAAGAGCAGGAGCACAAGCAAAGAGUACCCAGAGCUGCAGAUCUAAUUGAAUUUGAGCAGUGUUGAAACAUGUUCUGUUUGCCUGCUGUUCCCCCUCUUACACUCUCAAAGUUCCAUUCCCUGAUUGCAAGUGAAGAUGCAAUAAUAAUACUGUGCUGUCACCUCUUUUUGUUUGGAGAAUGAUGUUUAUGUAUUUGUAGCCAAUCUAGCUGCCGCAGAUUCACAAAAAAAUUAUUGUAAAAAAUUGUAUUAAUAAAACACUGAUUGUGUUUUCCCAUCGA